CCUGACACCUCUGUAUGAGAAAUCAAACUUGUUUGUGAUGCACAUGCUGUAUCUCGACACCUAGGAGAUGCAGAAAGCAAAAUACGUAAGGCGCAGCGAUAGACAAAAGCGUGUGGGCGAGAGCUUUGUUAAAUUUCCUAUGCAGUGGCUGUUGGACCACUUCCUAUGUGUCAGCUUCAGCUUAAUUAUGACACUCAAACUAAAACCUUGUGAUGCUGUACAGAGUCUCUGAACUAUGUUUUGGUGAGCUGUGAUUAUGCUGUGACUGGAGAAGGAGUCUUUGAAUUGCUUCACUCUGCCUUCGGUUAUGCAAAGACAUGACUUCAUCGUCUCGAAAUGCGUUCAUUUGUGUAUUUUUUCUGACUUACUGGAACGCAUGCAUUUUCCCAGGAAACGGUAAGUAGCUGAUAAAAUCACUGUCAUCUCAAUGUAUUUCAAAAGCAGAAUUUUGAACCUGCCUGUUGCCUUUAUGACUAACUGAAAACGGAUAAUUUAGCUGCAGCACAUCAUCGUCGAUCCUGGCUGGGAUGUCAAGUUCUGAUACACUGUCAGGGUCACAGUGCUGACUCGGGCUCUUUCAAAUGGUUUUACAAGGAGAAUAAGCACAGUAAGGAAAUCCAGCUAUACUUUCAGAAUAAGAAUGGAAUAAGACACUAUGAUGCCAGUCGUUCAAAAGCAGAAAUUACGGCAAAUCGGUCUCUGGUUAUAAAUAAUUUUGAUGAUAAAGAUCAGGGUGACUACUGGUGUGAAAACUGCCUUCAAGAAACCUGCAUCAGGGAAAUGUCCAGCUUCAUCACUAUGCAGAAAGAAAUUAUAGAUGAAAUUCAAGAGACAUUUUACAUCCUUCACGGCAGCAGUUUCACCCGCUCAUGCCCAGGUGAAUUUGUUAACUUAAAAUGGACAUUUGAAGCCAGCAAUGCAGCCCAAAGGGAAUUAGAACCGAGAUCAGAAAUGGUUACUGUUACUACCAACAAGACCUUAUAUAUUGGAUCUGUCAAAAAUACUAAUGCUGGGAAAUACACCUGCUGGGUGAAUAGAUGUGGUGGUCCGUAUCAGAAACCGCUCACAAUCAACUUAUGCGUCAUCACAGUUUCCCGCAAAGGGCAUUCUAUUUUUUCUUGUGCUGCGACAUGCGAUGUGGGAUUAAAUGAUCUAAAAAACAUUUCAAGUCUUCUGAUGAGCAAUCAAACAAUAUCAGUGGACAUAGAUCCAUCUGGGUCCUUAAUCUGUAACUCAACCGAGCUCUUGGAUGGUCAGCCUACAACAACUACAAACAGCUACACAGUGUCAGCUGCUUUAAACACAACAAUGGGUGUCUUUGAGAAGACUGAAUCUUUGAUGUCAAUUAUUUAUGGAGUAGUAGCUGCCUUUACCUUUUUUAUUUUACUUGCAAUUUUAACUUUCUGUUUGAAAUCAAGAGUACAUGCUGCAUUUCCUUUUCGUCUUUCAUGUUGUGGCUUCACUCGUGAGGCAGAAGAGGAGUCCACUGUAAUUUAUUCAUCUGUUAUCAUCAAGACACCGGCAAAAGCAAGAAGUCAAGACACAGAUCCUGAAAGCUGUAUUUACAGCGAAUUAAAGUGUAAAGGAAAUACCAUUUAGUGCUGAUAGAAAUCAACACUAAAUGGAAUUUUUGGUGAUCAUAAUUUCCACACUGUCGAUAGAUUUUGUAAUGGAUUCCACGGCAGUGACUUGUGUUUCAUGACAUUUGAAAACAUCCAUACACCCACAGGGAGUUUUUCAUCCAGUUUUUAAACUACCUGAAGAAAGAUGAUGGAAUCUAUUUAUGAUUUUACAAUUAUCUUGAAUCAAGAAAACAUAAGCUGCUCUGUUUAGCGUAUGUUAGUCAUAAAUACAUUCUGAACCAUUUUCCAACCAAAAAUUAUGUCAGUUAAUAUAGAAAUCUAAACUAUCAUUGUGUUUCAAUGUCAUCUUAUAGAUAAGUGGUUAAACAAUUUUCUAGAAUUAUCUAAAUUGUAUUUACAAUAAAUACUCACAUGGAUAUAAUUCCUCAAAGUCUUUUGUAAUUUUACAUCAU